CGCAUUGUCUUCAUGCCUUUCAAUUAGCAAACGGUGUAUCAGAGACGCUGAGCAAAUUCCACAAUCCUUACCGAAAUCCCGUAUUCCCCCUUUCCGGAUUAUAUUGUGCUGUUCCAUGCGUCAUCGUCUGUAGAGGUUGGUCAAAGAUUCACUUUAGAAGAUGAGACUACCCGUCUCGAUUGCGAUUAGCUAUCUAACGCUAGCUGUGAGUACACAUGCACAAACGUGUACGGCACCAUGCUCGUAUAUGACCUUAGAACUCUACCCAGAGACUGCUGGGUGUUCAGAUGUGGACAAUUUAUUGGCUAGUAGUGACGUUCCCACCACAGGCGACUGCGUGCCCCUCAACCCACAAGGUCAAACAGUCAGGACACUGGGCGUUACAGUUCGAUAUCAAUGCUAUACGGAGACAUAUGCUGUGAGUGUGUACGUGGACUCAAUGUGCGAAACAACCCAGGUAGUUAACGUUACCGACUACACACCUGGCACAUGUGAUAGCGUAUAUCUCACUGCAUUGGGUCCUCUGGCCAUUCAAGGUGUCGCAGAUGCCAGCACGUGCACACCAGGCACAGUGGCAGUCGAACAACAGGUCGCCAAUACCAAUCGUAUAGAUGAGGAGAGUUUCAAAGACGACCAGGAAUCGGCAGACGAUGGAAGUGGCGACAAUGGAACCCGAGUUGCAGAUGCCACGUCAUCGCCCACACUCACGCCGUCCAGCUCACCUGCACCACCAGGAGUGAACUGUGCGUUCAUGGACAUCCAGGUGUGGUUUGCGAUCAAGGAUGAGGCGUAUGUGGGAGAGUGCAGUGAGGAUGGCAUAGUGGAUAGGUAUACUUUCCCGGUCGAUGGCAAGUGCACGUUGGUCACCAAGGAUGGCGAGAUCCCCUUGGUGUGGAUUUCGGGUACAGUGUCUACUGACGAUGAGGCUAACGUGGGGUUGUACUCAGACGACGCAUGUGUGCAACGGGUGGGGUUGUUUGAAGACAUGGAUGUGAGCUCCAACGCAGGAAGAUGCUACACGGACGAGAAUGAGCAGGUCUCUGUCAAGCCAGGCGAGUGCACCGAUUAAAACAAUGCAACGGAUCAUUCCGAGUGGCAGAUAGGCGGUGUUAUAGAAUGUACGUGAUAUAAUGAGAUAGUAAAUAUAAAUAAUAAAGGGAUAUAAUUCAGG